UAAACUCCAUUUCUGCUUCUAUUUGUGUUUCUUUUACUUACAGGACAUGUGUUUAUAAAGUGUGGAGGGGGAACCCUUUACCAUUUUUGUAAAUUAAGCUGUACUUUUUUGAAAGGGCUUCUUUAGCAUCAUCGGGAGAUGGCAACUUGGCUGACAUUAAAUCAGACAAUAAUCUUUCUCUGACCCUUCUUCAUGCUUGCCUAUAAACAGAAUUCAAAAGAGAAGCAAUAUUUGAAACUAUAAUUGGCAGUUUAUGUCAAGAUUAAAGAUCCUGUUACAUUGCCUACAUAAUGUAACAGUUCUUUCUAGAAUAGCAUUUCGGAUUCUCAUAACCAUCCUUGAGUUCUACAGCUAUCUAGUAAUAGAAUAACUGCCACACUCAGGCCUCAGAAAUUCUCUAACUAAAGCCAUGAGGACAGUAGGGUACUCAGAAAAGAAACCGAUCUGCACAUUUGCAUAUACUUUGAGAGUGGCAUUUAUGUGAGUCAACAUUUUGAAAACUCAAGAACAAUGACAUUUCCAGUCACCAGUAGUGGAAUUUUAUGAGAUCUUUUAGCAGUGGAGCAUAGAAGCAGCAGCAGCCCGAGUUCUUAUUUUGCAUAAACUCAGAAAGAUUUUGUUCUUUGGCACUUUCUCUGUGUAGAGGUUGGCAAAACAAGUUUUAUCUUUAGCGUAAAAUUUUACAGAGUACAAACUGCUUCGAAAAGGGGGACUGUAAAUCUGUGCCAUCAUUUCUUCCACUAUAUCUAAUUGUCUAUGUCACUACUUGUUUUGAAAUGCUCAAACUACCCUUUCAAAAUAAAAAAUAAAAACAAAAAGACUAAACCAGCCCUCUGACGUCCUCUGAGUCUACCCCCAGGACACUCUUGGAGCAUGGCAUAUACAGGGCAAGGGCGCCCUUCCCAGGUCAGCCUGGCCACUGCACCUUCCUGAUGGAGGAAACACUGUGGGGCCAGGGCUUCCACAGCAACCUUGCAGAACAGCAUGCUGUCACCACCUCAAGGAUGAAAGCAUUGGCAUCCCUUCAGAGGACCAGUUAUACAUCAGCAGCUGGGAAGUUUCUGCUCACUUCUCUUUCAUGUCAAGACUCUUCCUGAAUCCACAUGCAGCGUUUACCAUAGUUAAGGUAUAAGGCAUAGUGGCCCCCCAAGCCAUCUGGCUGCAAGCUGGCAUAAGUUGCCUUUGGACUAACAGCCUACCAUAUGGUGGAGAGUCUGUUUCUUGCACACCGUCCGCUGUACUGGCUCCUGUGGUAGCCUUCUAACCUGUCCUCCAGGUGCCCCAGCCCCACUCCAACCCAUACAUGGCCUGUUUUCCACACACCACCACCACAGUGAUCUUUUUCAAAAGAAAGAUGGAGCUGCUGCCCUGCUCAACCCAUUGCAGGCUCUUGCUUCAUGGCACCCUAACAUAAAACCUGAAGCUGAUCUGAAGUCCCAAGAGGCCCUCCGUUGCUCUCCUCUUUCUCCUUCUCACCAUUUCCAUGAACUUCUUGCUCCCAUCUCAGCGCCUAUACACACUGUGCCUGGAGGAGUCCCUCCAAACGUUCCUGUAGUUCCCUUCCCCUUCCAUGCAGGCCAGUGCUCAGAUUUCACCUUCCCAUAGGGGCUGUCCUGGGACCACACUGUCUAAAACAGACUCUCUCCCCUGCCCUGCCUUAGUUUUCCUGACAUCACUUAGCAGUACCUACUAUGACAUCACUUGUGACCUUGUCUGUUUUCUCCCUCUUUUGCAAGACCACAGGGACCAUGAGGACAGGGAUCUCUCCUGUCACAUUCAUCAUCUCCACUGGUUGGGGACAAGCAUGGACUCUAAAGCUAGCCUUUAUGUCCUGACUCAGCUGGCUAGCUAUGUGACCCUGAGCAAGACAGUUAACCUCUCAGUGCCUAAUGCAAACUCAAAUGAAAAGGGCAGCUUCUUCAGUCACGUCCACAUUGGCCAACUGUAUUCAACUGACAAGCUGAUUAUUGAAAAUCGAGACAUGCCCAGGACCUAGCGAGCCGGGACCAGCCACCAGCAGCGGCCAGGGACCACCUUCAGCAUCCACUCUAUGUUUGAGAUGGAGGCUCCCAAAGCCAACUUACAAUAGCCUCUUGUGCUGCCUGCCCUUUGGGAGCUGAUAAACUGAGUCACAUUUGCAUUCUGCUGCAGCCUUACUGAAAAAGGACAGCUGUUUGUCCUUGGUUCAAGUGUUAGAAUGAAGAGCUGGAGCUCGUUCAGAAUAAUGCCGUGUUACCACGUCUCCCCUCCACCUCACUCCUAUCUUGUAGCUUAUGACCACUGUGUAUAAUAUUUCUACACUUUGUUUCUUGGUCCUUGACAAUAAAAAGAAUCGUCUCCCUGAGCCUUUCACACCAGAUAAA